UAUUUUGUAGCUUAUAAUGUUGUCUUGUUGCAUGAUGGAAAAUGGGACGAGCUUGGUGAUUGUAUCUUAACGUUAGCGAAUAGCAAAGAACCUGUCAAGGCUUUUCACGUCUUCAUCGAUUUGCCACCAGUCUACAAGAGUUUCAUCGACAAGUUCUUGCACAAAAUCCUAGAGGAAGCUAGUAAUGUCUUUCUUGAUCCUUAUAGAGUUGAAGAUUGGAGCUUGGCUUUACAAACUUUUGUUAAAAUGUGGAUUCAGCUUUUGAGCACAGGGAUGAGAUUUGAGUUACUAAGGGCGUUAAUGGAGAUUCGGGUUUCCUCUGUUGUGAAUUCAGUGAUUGAUUUAGUGAAUAAGGAAAAGGAACAGUUUUUGGUACAAGGGCUUGAAGAUUUCGAGAGGUUCUUCUCACGAGAUAUGAAUCUUUAUCAUUACGCUAAAGAUCAAUGCUAUUUUGUGUCGGCUUUAGUGAUCAAGAUCGAUGGAGUCGGGUCACAUUUGACCAAGGAGAUUGUGAGGAAGAUCAAAAUGUUGGUUACAGAACAGGACAAUCCUGCCAUUAAACCACAGGAUGAUCUUAAGAAUAGUAGAGAAGAAGAGUUUGACCGUGGCUGGUAUGACCAUUUGAAGAAUUUAUCUUCAUUGGAAGUGUUAAAGAUCUUCGCGUCCACGGAACUUGAAGAUAGGUCUAGAGAGAUAGCAAUUAGAAGAGUCAAUGCCUUACUCUCUGAUCACACUUUAAAGAAGGUGAAAAUAGAUAUUGCAGAGAUAAGAAAACUCCAACCAUUGCUCAUGUCUUGCUUAAAGGAAGAAGGAAUCUCUGACAGUAUGUUUAAAGUCCUAGGUCAGGUGGUGAACUAUGUUGCUUAUGAGAUGUUGGUCUACCAAGAGGAGACAUGCUAUGAGCUACGCGAUUAUAUUGCAUCGAGUGAAACAGAGUUUCAGAGAGCGGUUUAUAUCUUCCAGUGCUUGACAAUGGCGCUUGUUGAUGACGAUUUUGUGAUUCCUGUGAUGGAGAACCUUUUCCCAGAGAUAAUCACAAGGCUAAACCCACCAACAGAGUUGUUGGUAGAUAACAGUUGCUGGCUCUUGGUGUUUAGGGCUGCUUUCUGUGCAGCAAUUCACUUGAUAGAGGACCCAGGUUACGCUAAAUCCGUUAAGGAAAUUGCACAUAAGAUGAUAGAUUCUAUAAGAGAGCUUGUGGAAAGAGAAAUGGAGGUUGGGCUUGUGAGGAGAGCUUUCAGAGAUGUUGAAAGUAUUGUGAAGAAACAAUUGGAAUGGUACAGUACGAGCCAAUACAAAUUGGUUAAGGGUCUUCUUUGGAGACUCUAUGCAAUCAAAGGCAUGAAAUGGGAGAGUAAGAUUGUGUUGUGGAGAAUCAAUGUGAUUGUCGAGAGAGGAGUGAAAGAAGUGGAGAAAGAGCUACCAGAGACUGAGUUUGAUUGGCUGAACCUUACUGAUGAUGAGUUUGAAUAGAAAAAAAAUAGUUUUUGGUGUAUAGUCUUAAAUUGUGCAGAGUCUAGUUUUUGGUGUAUAGUUUGCAUUCGAGAAGAAACUUGUGAAGAAAUAGAUAGAUA